AUGGAGCAGCCUGCACACGAGGAGUCCUCUGAGAGCGGCGGAGCAUCCUGUUCUGAGCUGAGAGGCUGGAUGGAGCUCCGCAGCAGCAGUGUGAGCCAUCAGAGGCUGACGGAGGAGCAGCAACGCAGCAACACGGCAAUGAAGCAACACAGCGGCACGGGGAGAUGUGCCAGAAAAUCUGAAAACACAACCAGGCCUGAGGAGACUGCUCAGUUUGACGGCUGUUAG